AAACUCGGCUGGAAAUCUGUGACCCUCAGCACGAUCAAGAGCACAGUAGGGGAUUGUAAAUUCCAUGGGAAACGUGUUGUUUCCUCUCUUUCCUGUCCUGGCUUUGUCUGGUCCAGGGUCAAGGUUUUGACUGGAGGGUUUGCACUAAUCGGACAAGCUUUAUUAGCUGUGUGGUGUGUGCUGCACCUCGUCAGUAUUAUAUGGAUCUCCUUCUGGAUUUAGCCUCCACUACCAGCAUGUCCAGUGAGAGCAUGUCAGUGAAGGGCAUUAGGAGGCAGAUGUGUAAGAGAAAUAUGACUGCUGCGCCAAUUUCCUGGCCCGUCCCGAUGAGGGCUAUCGGAGCUCAGAACCUUCUGACCAUGCCUGGAGGUGUUGCCAUUUCUGGGUAUUUACACAAAAAAGGAGGAAGCCAGUUCAGCCUGAUGAAAUGGCCUCUUCGCUACAUUAUAAUCCAUAGAGGCUGCGUCUACUAUUUCAAGACCAGCACGUCGGCCACACCACAGGGAGCGUUCUCCCUCAACGGCUACAACAGGGUCAUGCGAGCUGCAGAGGAGACCACAUCCAGCAACGUUUUCCCCUUUAAGGUCGUGCACUUCAGUAAGAGGCACCGCACAUGGUAUUUUUCAGCAGCCAGUGAAGAUGAGAGAAGGAAAUGGAUGCGUCAUUUGAGGAAAGAGAUCGGACACUAUAAUGACAGGAAAGAUUCGCUUGACCCAAGUGAAUCUGACUCUGAUGAAAGUUUCUAUGGCCCUAUUGAGAGCCCUUUGGAGAUCACCAACGCCCCGGAUGACCACGAAGGAGACUAUGCAGAACAAAAUGAUGAAAGUGAUGACGAUGACUAUCUUAUGCCCGAUGACCCAGUAGCAGGUCAGCCCAAGGCACCGCCUCCAUCUUACCCACCUCCACCUGUGCCCUACCAUCCAAAAGGCCCUCCACCACCAGUACCCCCUCCACCCAUUAAAUCACCACAGUGCCCCAUCCAGAAGAAACCAACCAGCACUGUUCCAGGCCCACCCAAACCCUCUGACUCUCUAAAUAAAGGCCCUCCUCCUGUGCCUUCGGCCCCUCCUCUACUACAGAAACCAACCUCUAACAGAAAGACAAUUGCUCCGGCUCCUUCACCUGCGUGCCUGAAAAAGCCAGUAAUCGGGAUGGUGUCCUUAUCCACUCUCCCAGGAUAUGACCGGAAACCUGCUCCUGCUACAGUCAUUCAUAAUCCAUCCACUCUCCAUAUCUGUGAAAACCUGGAAAACAAACUGCUUCUGAACUCUCGUGACAGAUCUAGUUCACAGAGCCUGAACAAUUCACCUGGUGAGAGAAAACUCACAAUGCCGGGCUACAAACCGCCACCCAAGUGUUCACCACCAGGGAUAAAGCCCAAACUCAGUCAACCAUCUUUACAAAGAUCAUCACCUGAAGGCCAAAGUUUUCGAUCCUCUGUGGAAGAGAAGUCCUUGAAAACGAGUGUCAUACCAAACUACAAUGAAGACUCUGAUGAUAACGACUAUGAAAAUGUACAGCUGCCUGACUCUGUCUUUGUGGAAACAACCGAGACCAGUACUGUUGAAAAAUUGUUUAAAGAGACAUGUGGCUCUCCGCCAGAUGGCCUUUACUGCAUCCGAAAGUCAGGAACAAAGACCUCAAAGGUGCUUGUUGUGUGGGAUGUGAGUCUGAACAAGGCAAGGAACUACCGGCUGUUUGAGGAGGAUGAAAUCGUGUACCUGGAGACAGGCUUGUCCUUCCCUUCAGUAGCAGCUCUGGUGGAGCACUACUACAGCCACCCCCUGCCCAACCACGGCUCUCUGUGCUUACAGAAACCCUUCGGAUACACACCACCCAGGUGACACUGUCCUCUACUGCCAUCAUGGACUCGUAUCUUCAUAUCCUUGUAUCGUCAUAUCCUCAUAUCUACAGCCUCAUGGCUCCAGCUCUAUCCCCCUGCUGGCUAUAGCAGCUCACUACAGCUGAUCAUGGACAUCAGCCAUAAGGACAAGUAAUGCUUUCCAGUGCCAAAGAUUGCAAAUAAGGACUCAGGAAUGUGGAUGAAUCUGAGCUGCCAAUCAGACUAAACGGAUUUACCAGUUUUGGAGCUUUAUCUUAGCUGAAAUUGACGCCCAUCAUCCUCAGUUGUAUUUGAUUCAGAAAUGUUGGUGGUUAUGUGUGUAACUGUUCAUACCUUUGCACAGAAACAAUGCACAUGUGCACAAUCUGCUCAGAUGUGAGCCUGCAGCUGCCGAAAUCAAACAGUUCAUCAAACUAAAUGAUCAUUCUACAAGUAUCCACGUGGUGAGAUGAUGAAAUGGUGCGAUAGCGAAAUGGCAGCUUCUCAUGCCUUUAGUUUUGGUUUUUAAAGCUCGCCUUUUGAGUAUAGUGAACGAAAACACAUUGCUUAGACGGUGUAACCACUGAUUCGGGACAUAUUUUCCAGGUAAAAUGACUACAUUUCCUGACGUUACAGUAAAAUGUAUUGUGAAAUAUGAAUUUUUCUAUAUCAGAAAUACAAAAGUGCAACAACUGAGUGUGACGUAACACACCAUAUGCCUAGAUGUCUGUAAAUACUGUAAGCAUUACCAUUUCUGUACAAUGUUAUAUAUUAUUCCUGUACUUUAUUACUUGUGGAAAAUGCACAUAUGUAAAUUAAACAACUCUUUGUACCAUU